AUGUCAUCGUCCCGCCGAGAAGAAGCAGCUGAAGAAGCACAGGGCAGAGCUGCGCUGGUCUGUCUAACCUGCAAGGCAGGCAAGCGACCGUGCGAUAAGCGGCUUCCAAUCUGUUCUCGAUGCAGAAAACUAGACAAGCCAUGCCGAUACCCAGCCGCCUCGCAACCAGGACCCGUGACUCAACCGAUCCAAUCAACGCCAUGCAUGGAUAGGGUGUGGCCUGAUGCAUGUCUCCGGUGUAAGGUGCAUAAGCGUGGAUGUGAUCGCCUCAUUCCGAAGUGCUCCCGCUGCCUAAGAAUAGGAGCCAGCUGUAUUUACCGAGGGAGAAGCCCACAGCCCGCAGUCGUUCUUCCUGAUGAUACUGAAGCAGGCACCGAUAGCGUCCAACUAAGGAUGGACUUCAUUCCUUCGGCAGAGACGGAACUAGGAGUGGCGUUCGAACCUCCUAUGAGGUGUCGCUCAUACAUGUCGCACCUAAUACAAUUCUUUCUCACGUCUGUAGCUUUACCCUCGGAUACAGUGGUGCCUUACAGUCUGGCACACCAUCUCCGUUCUCAAUGGAUGCAACACGCUAUGUCCGACCCCUGUCUAUUCCAUGCCACACUGUUCAGUGCAUCCGCAUCGAUAGACAUGCUUCAAGGCCGACAGAAUACCGCACGAACGCUGUACCACCACACCUGGGCUAUCCGCUUGAUCAACGAACGGUUAGCACCACCAGAGCCAGUCCUCAACUAUGGGACGCUGGGAGCGGUAAUACCCUUGCUAUAUUACAAUAUGCUCGCACUUGACCGAGACUCUGCGGUCACGCACCAGAAGGGCCUGGUGAAGAUGCUCCUGGCGACGCCCCAAUCCUUCCGAGCCAAUAUAGGACCCCUGAUUGCCAUUGUCAAGAUCGCCAUGCUCUCGUUCGCCUGCAUAUAUGACCUGCUGCCCGUUUGGGACUGCUUAUCCUCUGAAUCAGUCCGCCCGAGCACGAUUCUCCGGAAUGUAGUGUUGAGGGCCACUUUUGGCUAUGACGAAUCAUCUUUUGAGAAAGAGACUACGGAUGCAAUAUUGGACGUGUACGAAGCCAUGUCACGGCUAGAUCAUAUAGUCCAGGCCGACCUCUGUAGUAUUUCUGCUGAAGUUGAGCGUGCAGCCUCUUUCGCAACGACGAGUACUUGGACUAGCAGAGCCGAAUAUGGCCACCCUCUUACUCCGCCAGAAAGACUUAAUGUAUGCUGCCGGAUCUCCUGCCAAUUGUUCUGGAAAAUGCUUCGACGACAAUCGCAUCCGCAGCAAGCACCAGACACGACCGGAGAUCAUGAAGUUCGACAACUUCUAAAAUACCUGUCGCAAAUAGAACCAUUAUAUUGGAUUCGCAACGCUCCGGAAGUGGUCACUUGGGUUUCCUUUACGGGUGCAGCUGCCUCGGAGCACCGAGAUGCGUGCGUUGCCUUCAUCGGCAAACAAGGCUGGAGGUAUUUCCGCCUACUAAAAAGACUUACUGGAGACGGUAACUUGCUUGCUGUUUCGGGAGACGAUUGA